UACAAAAGGACACCUUCACAGGUUCAACACAGACAAAGCUUGUCGUUUCUCUUGCAACUGCCAGCCUCAGGUAUGAGGGCCUGUUUAGUAUUCCUCUGCCUACUGGUAGCAACAUUUUUCUUGUCUGUAAAGAGUAAACCUCAUUCAAUACAUCAUGGAUUGUAUAAGACUUCCCAUAAAGCCGAAGAAAAGCAGGAGCAGGAAGAUGAAGAACUGAGCUCCCAAGACAAUGCUAAAGCUAACAAGGAGGAGGGAGAGUUUGAGGAGAACAAAGGGAGCGACAAAAGCACUGCAGUCCUGCUGAGUGAGGAGGAGUUGGUAGACCUCUUGACGAAAGGAGCAGAAGAAGAGGAGGAAGCAGAAGAAAGAGUAAUAGAGGAUGAGAAAGAUGUGGAGACGGACGAAGGCAAGGUGGAGCCUGAGGUCGUGGAGGACGACAAAGCUAAGGCGAAGGAGAGCAAGUUGGACGACAAACUAGAAAUAGAGGUGAUAAAUGAGGAAGAAGAAGUAAAUGAUGAGAGUGUAGAGGAUACUGAAAUGCUGGACAAGGACAACGAUGAGGUGGAAAAUAUGCAGACGGAGGAGCAAGGUUCAUUGCUGGAGGAAACAGAUGGAAGCACAGAGUCAGAGAUCCCCGUUGAUCUUGACUAUGCUGCUGAUAGUGGCAUUUUACAACCUCUACAGAUUGUAUCUGCAAAAAUACAAAUAAAAACAGAUGUUAAAGAGAGGGAAACCCAAUGGAAAGUACCAGCCACCAUUGCAGAUGACUUUGAACACAACACUGAAAACAUGGAGGCAGUGGACCAUGAGGAAGUGUCUGAUCAGGACAAGGACAAAGGUGCACAGGCCAAAUCCAGGGAUGUUGAUGAGAAAAAAACAGAAGCAAAUGUGGACCCUCAAGAACCAAAGAGCAGUCCAGGGUUUCAACUCGAUUCUGAACCGGCUGGAAAAGAGGAGGAGAAAAGUAAGAAUGACAGCGGAAGUUACAACGAGGGAAAAACCAAGAAGCAAAAGAAGAACAAGAGGGCAAGGAAGCACUCUCCUCAGACUGAGGAAACAGAGUCUGUACCAGAACAGAGCCAACAGGUUCCUCAGAUGUCUGAGGGAAGCAGUAUUGACAACAAAGCCCAAAAGGCAAAAAGGAGAAGGGCAGGAAAAUGGGGUCCUUUAGUAGGAAUGAAUCCAGUGCAGAUAAGAGCCACAGUGGAUCUUUACCCCGGCUCCAGGCCCUCUCUUGGUGGAGGCGUACAUCACCCAGAAGCCCCCGCUGAUCCAUGUGACAACUUUCCCUGCAAACGUGGAAAGAUUUGUAAGCUUGAUGUGGACAAUAAGCCGAACUGUGUGUGUCAAGAGUCGUCAGAAUGUCCUCCCGGUGUGAAUGAGUUUGAUCAUGUUUGUGGAACAAACAACAAAACAUAUCAUUCAUCGUGUGAACUCUUUGCUACUAAAUGCAAUCUGGAGGGCACUAAGAGAGGACACAGACUUCAUCUGGACUAUACUGGUCCAUGCAAAUUAAUACCUCUAUGUGUGGACACUGAGCUGGUCCAGUUCCCUCUACGAAUGAGGGAUUGGCUCAAGAAUGUGCUGCUGCAGCUCUAUGAACACGACUCCAUGUCUCUUGGCCUCCUCACACCUAAACAGCGUUUUAGAGUGAAGAACAUCUUUGAGACUGAGAGGCGUCUCCAUGCUGGGGACUACUCUGUUGAGCUGCUCGCGCAGGACUUUGAGAAGAACUACAAUAUGUACAUUUAUCCAGUGCACUGGCAGUUCGCACAACUGGACCAACACCCGUCUGACAGAGUCUUGUCCCACUCAGAGCUGGCCCCACUUUCAGUCCCUCUGGUGCCGAUGGAGCACUGCACCUCCCGCUUCUUUCAAGAGUGCGAUGCUGACAAGGACAAGCAGGUGUCCUUUAAAGAGUGGACUUCCUGUUUUGGCAUCAAUAAUGAUGAUAUGGAUGCCAAACUGCUAUUCUGAGCUUCAUUUUGUCAUCCAUUAACUAGACAAGCAGCUCGAGACGGUGCAGCAUGGUGAUCGUGCAGCUUGAAGCCUCCAUUAACCUCCACUGACACAAACGGAUGAAAAAAACUAAUGUUUACCUCCUGCAAGUGUUGGUGCUAAUUGCUGUUAUUUUGUGUCAGGCUAAGCUUUUGAUCUUUGAUCUGUAUUUAGACAAAGCUGCUUGAAUAAUUGUAUUAGAAUUAGUGCUGUGAAAAAUAACGCGUUAACUCAGUUAAUUCAAUUACAGGUUUAACUAGUUAUUUUUUAAAACGCAUUUAACGCAUGCGCAGAAUGAGCUUCCAAUCCGUCUGUUGUUGGUCGUCGGGACGAAAAAAAAGUCACUUGCAAAAUGAGCUUCCAAUACACCACUUCAAUCUGAACUCUGUCCGCUCUCAUGCAGACGGUCUGUUCAUCGGUAAUGAUCCUUCCGCAGGUUCACCUACGGAAACCGUGUUACGACUUUUACUUCCUGUAGAUCAGGGGUCUCAACACGUCGAUCGCGACCUGCCAGUCGAUCGCGGCGUCGUGUUGGUAGAUCGCAUGACAUUAAAAAGAUUGGCCCGCCCCCUGACAUGUUCUCUAUAGCACGUCUUUGUUCUUUUAUUAAACUAAACGUCUGUUGUUGAUCGUAUCUCCACAGCAGCAUGUCAUUUCUGUCUCUUCGCGUUGCGUUAACACUUAUCGAUCUCCGUCUCGCGCGCCACAGAGCUCCGUGCACGCGCAUCGGGACCGAGCAAAAAAAAAGCCACUUGUCAAUCUGUCCACCUGUCCGGGCCGGUGAGGUUUCAGCUUUGCAGCGGUGUCCCCGCCGUCCCUUUCAUCACGGCCCAGUUCAUGAAGAAAACCCACACAGUCAGUUUGCCUCAGCAGCUGCUAGAGGAAGACUAGAGGCCUUUAGAUUGCAUCAUGGUGGAGUUAAUGGUUGACAAACAAGAGAAACAUGUUCUGUUUAACCCUCCUGUUACCUUUACAUUUACUAACAUAUUUUACCCUCGGGGUCAAUUUGACCCCAGCAAUUAAAACCUCCAGAAAAUUAUUAGAAUUAAUAUUGUUUCCCAAGUUUAAGUGUGAGGUACUUUAUGUUUGUUUGUUGACUACCUAAAUAGCCCUUUAAAUAAAUAAAAAAGUUGAUAUUUCUUAUAUGUUUGACACAGUGAAAAACAGCCUGGGGUCAAAUUGACCCCAAAGAACACCAACAUUAAACAUUGAAUGGGGUCAAAUUGACCCGAAAGGUAACAGGAGGGUUAAACAUUCUGUUUAGGAUGAAGAUGUAUUAAUGUUCCAUAUGGAAGAAAACUGCUAAAUAACUGCUGAGUUGCAGCACCAUUGUAUAGAAGAAUGUAUAAAUGUAUAUAUCCGUC